AUGGCGAAUUCAAGGGAGGAAAUGCCCGAGGGCAUUGGUUCGUUGCUAGAUACCGAUCUCUACAAGCUCACCAUGCAAUGUGCCGUUACUUACAGAUUCACCAACCGCACUGCCGAUCUCAAACUCAACCGCCAGGCCUACCACUGGCUUCAGAAGCAAAUCGCCCAGCUCGCCAACAUUCGCGUCACCGACAACGAGAUUGACUAUCUCAAGCAGCACUGCUCUUAUCUCACUCCCGAAUAUCUCGACUUCCUGCUCAACUUUUCUCUCCGCCCAGAGGAACAAGUCGAACUCUCCUUCAAGCCGACCACUUCUGCCGACAAGGAGUCCGAGUCAGACGAGGGUGAUAUUGCUCUAUUUGUGAAGGGUCGCUGGCUGGACACAAUUCUCUACGAAAUCCCGUUGCUCGCUCUCGUGUCCGAGGCAUACUUCAAAUUCUGCGAUACCGACUGGGACCAUGAGGGACAGAUCGACAAGGCCUAUGAGAAGGGUCUCCGCUUGCUCGAAGCUGGGUGCUCAUUCUCUGAAUUCGGUAGCAGAAGAAGAAGGGACUACAAAACCCAUGACAUGGUCAUGCAGGGCUUGCACCAGGCAAAGGACGAGGCUACUAAGCGCAGUUUCCCUGGAAAGUGGGCUGGUACCAGCAACGUUCACAUGGCUAUGAAGCACGGUGUGCCUCCUGUUGGAACUGUAGCCCACGAAUGGUUCAUGGGCAUUGCCGCCAUCACCGACGACUACAUAAAGGCCAACGAGACGGCGUUGCAAUACUGGAGUGGGACUUUCGGUCGUGGAGUUCUGAGCAUCGCUCUUACCGACACAUUCGGCACGCCCGAUUUCUUGAAGGCUUUCAAGAGACCUGCACCGCCAGGCCACUCGCGCGAUCCCAGCCUGGACAAGCCAAACCCUAGCUUUGCCGAAGUCUACACUGGAACACGACAAGACUCUGGUAAUCCCUUCGAGUUCAUCAAAAGAAUGCGCGACUUCUACGACGAGCAAAACAUCACAGUACCCAAGACGAUCGUCUUCUCAGAUUCACUAAACGUGGACCGCUGCAUCGAGUACAUGUAUGCUACUCAGGCAGCCAAGUUGGUACCCAGCUUCGGUGUAGGAACAUUCUUCACAAACGACUUUACCAAGAAGAGCUCUGGUGAGAAGAGUGUGCCGCUCAACAUUGUCAUCAAGCUGUUUGAAGCAGACGGCAAGCCAUGCAUCAAGAUCAGCGACAACCUGGGUAAGAACAUGGGCGACUCGGAGCUGGUAGCAAAGGUCAAGCACGAGCUGGGCUACGUCGAGAAAUCUUGGUCAGGAGGCGAUGAGACGAAGAGAUGGGGAACCGCAAAGGAAGGCGCUUGA